AUGGGUUUUCACUUCUUGUUCUUUUGGAAAAAUAAUCUACUGUUGAAGGUAAGAGAAAAAAAUGGACUGUGUGAUUUUACAAGAGGGAGGUGGGUUUAUGAUGAGAGCUAUCCUUUGUAUCAACCAUUUGUGUUUCCUUUGAUAGAUGAAGGUUUUAAUUGUCAGGGCAAUGGGAAAUUAGAUAAAGAUUACAUGAAGUGGAGAUGGCAACCCCAAGAUUGUGAAAUUCCAAGGUUUAACGCAACAAAGAUGCUGGAGCUAAUAAGAGGGAAGAGACUAGUUUUUGUGGGUGAUUCAAUCAACAGAAAUCAAUGGGAAUCCAUGUUGUGCAUGUCAAUGGGAGCAAUAAAAGAUUCAAACAAGGUCUAUGUGACUCACAGGCGCAGAAUCACCAAAGAAAAGGGAAAUUACAGUUUCAGAUUUGUGUAAUUCUACUUAUCACAGGGUUACAAGUGUACUGUUGAAUAUUAUGUGAGCCAUUUCUUAGUUCAUGAAAGCAACGCAAGAGUAGGGCAGAAGAGGAAGCAAAUCUUGAGAAUUGAUGCAGUUGAUCAUGGCUCAUCUAGAUGGAGAGGAGCUGAUAUUUUGAUAUUCAACACUGCACAUUGGUGGUCUCCAAUUUUUAACAUGAGCAACUAACUUACCUUAAUUCAUUAUCAAUUGUUUCAGGUUGAUCUUGAUCCUUAUGGUUCUCCCUCCGUCUUCUUGGAUUCUGCGAUUCAAGCUGUUGCUGAUGGAGGCAUGCUCAUGUGUACCGCAACGGAUAUGCCAGUACUAUGUGCUGGUAAUGGGGAGGUUUGUUAUUCAAAAUAUGGUUCCUAUUAAUUGAAAGGGAAAUAUUGCCAUGAAAUGGCCCUAAGGGUCCUCUUAGCCUGCAUUGAGGUGUUAUUAUGUUCUUGAUUAUACCUCCUGGUUUGGAUGAAGCUAUUGCGAUUUCUAAGGUGAUACAAUUUCUCGAAUCACCAGAAUAUAACAUGUUUACUUGUAUCGUCUUUGAUACUGCACCCACGGGCCAUACCUUGCGACUUUUAUCCUUGCCAGACUUCUUGGAUGCAUCAAUUGGCAAGAUAUUGAAGUCAGACAAAUUAGAGAAAUUAUGGGAGAGGAUGAUUAAAGUGCAUGAGCUUUUUCGUGAUACCGAUUCCACAGAAUUUGUCAUAGUAACAAUACCCACGGUAAGAGUUUUGUGCUUUUAUGUGAAUUAUUCUUUUUCCUAUCUGUGUAAUUUACACCAUUUUGAAAUACUUAGAAGGAGCCCAGUUACUUGAGCCUUUGUGGUAGAGACCACUUACUUGAGCCUUCUUUUUGACUUGUUGGGGAAGUGUAGGUUCACCAUAUGCCGAUGGAAACAUUGGCUAGAGACUGAAUUGUAAUCAAUGGGCAAUUGGGGCUGGCUUUUCCAAUUGCUAUUUGUUUGGAUAGUAAGAUCACAUCUUUUGAAGAUAUGAUCACUUAUUCUUUUUUCCAUUGUGGUUUAUGUCUACUCUCUAUUCUAGUUUUGUUGCUUGCUGCAGUUACUUUUAAAGUCAGUGCAAGAGAAUGAUAACUAUGCUGCAAUGAGAGAAAAGCCCAAAGAUUCUCCAAGUGGAAGCAUAGCAAGAGCUUAAGUUGCAUCGGGUCAAACUAAGGUAAAACAUCUUUACUGUUUGUUUCAUAGAUGCUAGUUUCUUAAUUCUGUUGCUCUUUUGAUUCUUGAUUCUUGAUUCUUGAUUUUUUUUACUCUAUUGUUGUUUCAGGGGUAAACCUAUUCCUCCUUGUAACAUUACAUUACUCAUCAUUCAAAGUAAAUCCAUUACUUACUAGUCUUGUGUUUGAUAAUAUUGUACGGUUGCUAGGGACAUAACACAUUCUAGCAGAUAUCUAAUUGUAUGUUUUAUGGGUUGAUUGAAACUGUAGGUCUGGUACUUUCAUAUGGUAUUGCUGGUAGAAGAGAAAAGGGGAGCAGGGGUAGAAGCUCGAGAGCUCAAGAAAGAUGAUGAAGUGUGGCUGGUCGGGAGAUCAAUUUAGAGCACCAGAUGAUCUGGUAUUUUCAGAUAUAGGAUUUAACUUGUAGAGUUAUAGUUUGAUUGAUUGAUGUAAUGAGAUCUGGAUACUUGUACAUUUUCAAAUGAAAUUAAUUAUAAUGAUAAUUUGAUUGAA